AGAGAUCAAACAAAACACCAAUACGCCUCCGGACAAGCUAGGGUGCAUUCUCUUCCACUACUUUUUCACCUUCGAAUCGUUUCCACUUUCCAAUAUUUUCAACAAAGCAAGGUAAUAGUCGUCAUAUUCACCCUAUUUCAAAAACAGUGGUAGUUGAGCAAGUUCAUUUCCUCUCUCCCCUAGUUCCCUCCUUCCAUGCACAGUCACUAUAUUUCCAUUCCAUUUUAUUAUUUUUCUUUAAUCUUUUCCCAAAAUAAAAAAUACUGUCCAUUAAUUCUGAUUUAUAUACAAAACUACUGAUUAUAUUCCCACUCUCACAACAUCAACGGUUAAUAUUAAUAAAUAUAACUUGUACCAUUUCCCCUUCCCUAAAAUAAACACCCAUCCAAAAAACUAUAACAUGGGACCAAUUUAUAUAUAUUCUACAUGUCCCUAUAAAUAUACCUUACACCUUACAAAACCAACUAUACUCCCCUCUCCCCAAAAAAAAAAACUUAGGAGAUUGAGCCAUAGAUAGGGCCGGUGCAACUACGUGGUACGUGUUUCUUGUAGUGUUAUAAUUAACGAGCAUGAAACUAGACGAAGAUCAUCGAACCAUGUCUGUAGAGGAGAAAGAAGAUACGUCGAUAAGUGUACCUAAUAAUAUAGGGAUACAUAAUGUCCCAUUACCACCAAAAAAAUCCACAUUACAAAAACUCAAACUUAAACUUUCUGAAAUCUUCUUCCCAGAUGACCCACUUCAUCAAUUCAAGAACAAAAAUGUUAAAACUAAAUUGAUUCUGGGUUUUCAGUACGUGUUCCCGAUUCUUCAAUGGCUUCCUACUUAUGGUAUUCAACUCUUUAGAUCUGAUCUUGUUGCUGGACUCACCAUUGCUAGCCUAGCCAUACCACAGGGUAUAAGUUACGCAAAGCUUGCAAAUCUACCUCCCAUAAUUGGAUUAUAUUCAAGUUUUGUACCACCAAUAAUAUACUCUGUUCUUGGGAGUUCCAAACAUCUGGGUGUUGGUCCAGUUUCCAUAGCAUCUCUUGUAAUGGGUGCAAUGCUAACCGAAUUCGUCUCACCAGUUGAUCAAUCUGACCUCUAUCUCAAACUUGCUUUCACUUCCACCCUCUUUGCCGGAUUAUUCCAGGCCUCUUUGGGCUUUUUCAGGUUGGGUUUUAUAAUUGAUUUCUUAUCAAAGGCCACAUUGAUUGGGUUCAUGGCUGGAGCAGCAGUCAUUGUCUCCCUUCAACAGCUCAAAGGGUUGCUUGGGAUUACUCAUUUCACCAGCAAGAUGCAAAUUAUCCCUGUUAUGUCUUCUGUUUUUAGCCACACAAAUGAGUGGUCAUGGCAAACAAUUGUUAUGGGGAUCAGUUUUCUCGUAUUUCUUCUGACAGCAAGACAGAUUAGCGCAAAGAAGCCUAGGUUCUUCUGGAUAUCAGCCGCUGCUCCUUUAACAUGUGUGAUCCUAUCAACCCUUAUAGUAUUUUGUCUCAGGUCCUAUACAGAUAAGAUUUCCAAAAUUGGUCAACUUCCCAAGGGUCUGAAUCCUCCUUCAGUAAACAUGCUAUACUUCCACAGUUCUCAUGUUGCACUGGCUGCAAAGACAGGUCUCAUAACUGGUAUUUUGUCUCUAACUGAAGGAAUCGCAGUUGGUAGAACAUUCGCUUCCUUGGAGAAUUAUCAAGUGGAUGGGAACAAAGAAAUGAUGGCAAUAGGCGUAAUGAACAUUGUUGGUUCAUGCUCCUCAUGCUACGUGACUACAGGAGCGUUUUCUCGGUCUGCUGUGAACUAUAAUGCUGGAGCUAAGACGGCUUUCUCCAACAUAGUGAUGGCAACUGCAGUACUAGUCACUCUGCUAUUCCUGAUGCCCCUCUUCUACUAUACCCCCAAUGUUGUUUUAGCAGCAAUCAUUAUAACAGCUGUUAUUGGACUGGUAGACUACCAAGGUGCUCUUAAGUUAUGGAAAGUUGACAAACUUGAUUUUGUGGCUUGUUUGAGCUCCUUUUUCGGUGUUCUCUUCAUCUCAGUGCCUUCCGGACUUUCCCUUGCUGUUGCAAUAUCAGUAUUCAAGGUUCUCCUGCAUAUAACUAGACCAAACAUCGUGACUAUGGGAAACAUCGCGGGCACUCAACUGUUCCAAAGCCUUGAGCGUUACAAGAAUGCCUCAAGAAUCCCAUCAUUCCUGAUUUUAGGAGUCGAAGCUCCUAUUUACUUUGCAAAUUCAACUUACCUCCAAGAACGAAUACUACGAUCUAUCAGGGAGGAGGAAGAGUGGAUCAAAUCCAACAAGGAGCUUCCGCUUAAAUUUGUAAUUUUAGACAUGACAGCGGUGACAGCCAUUGAUACGAGUGGAAUCGACACCAUCCAGGAGCUCGGGAAGAUCAUCCAGAAAAGAUCAUUACAGGUGGCUCUUGUAAACCCGGUUGGGAGUGUGAUGGAGAAGCUUCACAAAUCAAAGGUGCUUGAAUUAUUUGGUUCUAAUAAUGGUGUUUAUAUGUCAGUUGGAGAAGCCAUUUUAGAUUUGACAACUUCAAGGAAGGUGGAAGGCUUAGCUUAAUUAGGUUUGUGGCAUCUAAUUCCUUCUAAAAAUGAGUGUAAGAACUCCAUCAUUUGGAGUGAUUGUUGCCAAUUAGAACUAAUUAAAUCUAUAUAAUAAGUAUAUAUGUUACGAGAAAAAUGUAAAUAAUUUCGAUUUGACUAUUGGUUCAAGUGUUCAACCCUAUUUUUAUCCUUUUGAUUGUCAUGAA